CGGAACUAAAAUUAUUUUGAUUUGAGGGGAAGGAUAUUCUGGCCGGACCCUGUUGUUGCUUACAUCUGUCAGAAUUUGAGCUGCCUGCAGGUGGAGAGAUGAGUCUCUCCCCUGUUAUCAGCACUGAGGUGCCAGAAACGGCUAAUGGAGUGGUGACCCCUGUUUCUGUGGAAAAUGGCCCUCACAUACCGAUCCCAGUGAAACAUCGAGGGAGCAGACUACCGGUGGAUGGGCCCCCUAGACAUACAGGGCACCAUGCUGAUAUGGAAAACAGAGUUUAUGAUGGAAACAACCACUUGUACACUGAGACUGACAUUAACGAGAGGAUAUCAAGUCUGUCGUUUCACGGCUCUCAGGAGAAGGUUCUCUCUCUAGGUGAUGGGUCGGGUCCAGGAGACUCGGAAUCCAAAGACAUUCCAGAAAUUCCGAAGACUGCUGACGCACGUAAUUUGGUUCUCAUGUGGGAUUCAUCACAGCACGGAGGGUUCAGAACCUCAUAUCAGCGAGGAGGCGGCAUCGCCACAGACCGGCAGCAAACCGAGGCAGGAGGUGCAGCGGGAGACGCCGAUGGCCAAGAAGGAGAGGAGGAUGGAGAGAAGGAGAAGCAGGACGAGGAGAAUGAUGAGAAAAAUGAAAAGAAGUGGAGGAACGCUGGAGGGAGAACAGGGAUGGGAUCUUCACAGCACUACUCCUCCUCAGCCCCUGGUCCCAGUACCUCCUCUUCUUCCUCUCCGCCCAUUCUCACCUCCGAUGACACCCCGUGUCCUCCUCACAUCAUGGCUCAGGUGUGGGUUCGCAACGUCCGAGGAAUGCAGGACAGCAAGAGCCUAGAUGAGAUCAGCCAAGCAUGUGGAGGAGCUCGAGGGGGGGGCAAAAGCGGGCAGUCGGAGGGCCGACGAGCCACGAUCUCUUCAGCUCUGGAGCUAGAGGGGACCGUCAGCCAUGAAGGAGACCUGACAAACUUCAUCACUAAGAACCUGGAGCAGAAGAUCAAAAUGAGUUCCAAGCCCAGCCUGGACUGCAGCGACUCUGAUUGUUCGGGUCCCAUCCACCGAAGCCGAGGGUCGUCACGGAAACCGGCUGACAUCCCACCAAUCGACCCUGCAGUUUUAACAGAUCUCCAGAAACACACUCAGGAAGUGGCGCAGAGUGUGGAGAUGAUGACGACGAGCCUCAACGGAACCAUCCAGAAUAUGACAGCUCUGAGCGUGGGCUACAUCCAGACCUACAGAGACUCAGUCGACAGCCUGGGAGAGUCUGUAGACAUGAGUAUAAAGGGUAUGUACACGCUGAUGGCCCGCUGUGAGGAGUUGGAUCGCUCCAUGCAGCCCAUACACACCCUGGCCGCUCAAAUUCGGGACAUCAAGCGCACUCUGGACACUCUAGAAGCAAUGUGCAAGUAACGCCUUCCACCUGAUUCUAGAAACAGACUCGGCGUCAAACUCGUUCUACCAAAGGACGUCGGCAAGCAAGGCACAUGUUCGCAGGUAGCACACACACACACACACACACACACACCGCUGCGAAGAUUGGGUGCACCGCCGGAGUCUGGGAGCUAUCGCUGCUUGGCAUGCUGAAUGACCGCCGCCUAUCGUUCUGCUGUUCAGCGUUUGAAGUCGACCACUUUUGUGUUUGAAGACAAAAAGAAUUGUUUACCUACUCUGGAGAACGACCAUUUUCCUGCUUUCUUUACCUCUAAUCAACCAAAUCUUACACAUUUGGUGGAGUCCUGGAUGUGCACACGCUCACAGACCGUGACGAUGGCGGAGGAACAUUAAUGUGUUUUUUUCCCCUCACCUGUAUGAAACGUGUUCUACUUGUAUCCGUCCAGAUUGCACUAAACUCUCCUCCCCAGAAGGGGGCGAUGUUUCUGACUAUAGAGGCGAGAAUAAAACUCCUUGGAAGACAUUUGCACUGCAACAGAAAGCCUCUUUUUUAACCUUAUGCAACGAACGGAUUGUUUCACUGCAGCCACAUCGGGGCAGUGGGAGUGUGGGUCUCGUGUGUGUUUAUUUAUUCAGUUUGCUCAGCACGCACGCUUGUCUCUGGAAUCCAGCUCACCGUACGCCCUCUGUCUAAUCAGCUCAGCCGGUUUCUAAGAGCGUUUCCCUUCAUCCACUCAGAUUCUGUCACGUCUGUUUAAAAGGAGCUGCUAACCUCUAAAUUACAGCUCUGCCUCUUUAAAGCAAAGCCAGUUGGUCAUGUAAGUCCAGCUGGACUCUGUCUCCUCCUUUGUAACUGUAAUCUAAGAAUGGAGAAGUGAUUACAUGUCUUAGAAAAUAAUUUAAAUAAUAAAAUAUGGAUAUGCUUCAGAAACUUGGAAUGGUUGGACUUUCAGAUGCUUCAGUACAUCUGGAUAAUAAUAAUAAUAAUAAUAAUAAUAAUGCAUUGAACUUAAAUAGCGCUUUUCUAGACACCCAAAGAUGCUUUCACACACUCUCACAUUCACACACUGCUAGUGAUGGUAAGCUACUUGUAGCCACAGCCGCCCUGGGGAGGUCUGACAGAGGCGAGGCUGCCAUUUGGUGCCGUCGGCCCCUCUGACCACCACUAACACAGGCAAGGACACAACAGCAGGAUACCCCUGGCGGGAGCUGGAAUCGAACCCAUGACCCUCCGAUCAUGAGGAAACCCGCUCUACCACCUGAGCUACUGCUGCCACAAAAUGUUCACUUUUAUGCAUCGAAAACAUCAGAUUUUAUUUAGAAGUUCAAAUUUUUUGUGGCUUAUUUGCAUCAAAAUGAUCAGCAACCAAAAGACUGAUGAGCCUCAAUUUUAUGUUUAAAUAAAAAUACUUAAAAUGUAAUUGGAUUACCUUCAGCUCUCGUGCUGUCCUCAUUUACACACAAAUACCCCAAACACAAAAUUAAGCAAACUGAUCUAAUAAUAAAUAUAGUGUUAAUAGAUACUUGUAUGUUGUGGAUUAACACACAGAAUUAAUAAAACUACACAUGAGAGGUUUAAUAAGUAGUUGAUGGAUUCCUGUAAUAGUUCUCUGUACAUGUUUACUAUUUAACGGUUCUAGAAGCCCUUAAUUUGUUUGUUAUACUUUGACAAAUGGUGGCAACUUAUUUUUAAUAUUGUAGGUUAGAUUUGAGCAACGGAGCUUCUCAAGAUAAACAAGCAAGACAAGAAAGUUUUAAUCUUGGAGAAAAUAAAUGGGUUCAUUCAAAAAACAUUUCAAAUGUUUUUAAAAACAAACUUUAUUUAGACGGGUUUAUGUAACGGGGAGUGCUCGAACGUGGAUGAUAUUUGUACAUGUAGAAAAUUAUAAUUGUUCCCUGGAAGUGCCAUCUCAGGAUGUGACAGAAGCAUGACUUUGCAUUUUUUGAAUUUUCUCCCAGAAUUUUCUCCAAAAGCUACUGGAAAAAAGAACCAGGUAGUACAGUUAGAUGAAAUACACAGAAUGAACGUACAAAAUGUGUUCUGGAAGUGAUUCUGAUACAAAACAAGCACUAUUCAUUCAUGUUUUCUGAAAAAAAUAACCUGUAAAUGAGAAAAUUAACAAUCAUUAAAUUGCUGAAACACAGAUAAGUCCUAAUGCCUUGAUGACAGUGGUGACUGGAAAGAUGUCUGUUUAUUUUAAGGUGAACCUAAACGUAGAAAACGGGUAUUUGAACGUCUGGUUGAAUCUUUGAGGUAAGAAGAGAUGUAACGUCUGUUAAUAUUUAUGAAUAAAUCAUUCAUUUGAUGUUGUAAAGUCACAUUUAUGUACAAAAGAACAUAUUUAAAUGUCUUCAUUGUCAUGAGUGCAUUUUUUUUAUUAAAAAUAAACGAUUGACAGGAACUUAACAGAUGUGGGGUUUUUUCGGUGGCGGUAAUGAAGGCUGGUGUUUAGUAAGUGUAAAAGCAAAAUCCAACACAACCUGGAAAUUAAACAACUUCAUCUUUUA